AUGUUCUCUUCGCCGCCUCUGGCUGAAUGCCGCGUGUUUACCACCGCGUUCUUCCCAGUAAACCAUUACAAAGCCUGUCGUGACGUCGACACUGGCGCCCCGGUUGUCGAUGAUGCUGUCACAAUUUGCACGCCGUCGCCUCAAUUCGCCGUUCCUCCAAGAGACUGGGCCAAAGUGCAAAAAAUUUGUCGCACAGUUGCAUUUCGGGAUCUAGAGAUGUCCGACUCGCAACUGUCAUCUCAUCUCAAACGUGAGAUCUCUGGCGCUCGUAUGAACGAAACCCACUACGUGACUAUAUUAUGA